CUCACCAAAUUUAACAGGAUAUCUGAUUUCAAGAAACAUGUGCAUUCAAGGGCACAUCGAGAGAAUGAGCCGAGUCUACCGCGUUGAACCGCCAUGUUUCUACAGUAGCCCAGAAGUACGGUGGCUGACAUGGGCAAACGCUCUGCAAACGGCAAAAUGCUGCCAACACGGGAAUGAUGCAAAUCCAAAAACACACAAACACACAAAACAAAUCCAACAGAAAAACGCAGCAACAGAAAAAUGCUGCAAUCACAGAAACAAAGCAGAAGCAAAAACUUACAAACCCUCAAAACAAAUGCCAAAGAAAAAUGCUCCAAAUACCAAAAACACACAAAACAACAAAACAACUCCAAGAGAAAAACGCUGCAGAUUCGCUCGACAAAACGGAAGUGUGCCAGGCCACUAGGGGGACCAGACCUGAGGGAUGGACCAGUCCUGUGAAGAGGAAGAAGGUGAAGAGGAAGAAGGUGAAGAAGAGGAAGAAGAAGAAGAAGAAGAAGAAAAAGAGCUAAGUUUUGGAGAGGACCGUAAAAAGCAAAUGGAAAAAACCUUCCAGAAAGAUAUAUUCAAGGGUCGUGGCUUCUUUCCCUACAUUACUGUGAUGGAUAUUCAAGCCAAACAGCCCAUCAUAGGCUUGUCUCUGCUGACUUUGUGUUUCAGUCCAGAGACAAAGAUAUUUUUUUACUUGUGCCAUGUCUGUGAGGAAAAGUGUCGACCUGACAAUAUUGCGUUCCACCUCUCUUCUGGUGACCACUGCAGCAACUACUUUAACUACACGGACCCCAACGUACUGAGUUUCUCAUGGCUCCCCAGCAUGAAUAUGAGCGUCAUUCUCAGGCCUGAGCUCACAAAGGAAGCACAUGAAAAAGGGCCUGGACAACUGCAGAUGUUGGAUUUACCUGAAAUUCUGUUGAAAACGCUCAUAAGAAGUACCUACUCUGAAGUGAUGCGGACUCUCAGUGAAAAUGAGAAGCUACGGAAGCUAAUUGAAGCUGUCGAGCCAAAGAGGAUGAUGAUACAAACAUACCAAAGAGACAGCAACAGGAAGCAUCCACUUCUUGGCCUGCAGCACAUUGUUGAAUGUGUUUCUGUCGGACCCACCGAGAAGAGAUACUACCUCUGCACGCUCUGCAAACUCACUUUGGCCACACGCAUGGUCAUCAAACACGUCCUGAGCUUUGACCACAUCUAUUGUUACUUUAAAGCGUGGCACCCCUCUACUCUGCUGUCAAAGGAAUGCUACAAGGAUUACGACAAGGCUUUAGCCUCCAUGAUACUUGAUUUUGCCAAGCAGACAGAGGAGAUUCAUGGCACUGCAAACGCUGAUAUGAAGCAAGUGAGCCUGGAGCCUGCCAAAUUCACCUCAGUGAAUUUCACUUGUUAUGCAGAAGCUUUGAAGGAACUGGAAUCCAUCACAAAGGAAAACAAGGAGAGCAGCUUGAUUACGAGCAUCAAUCCAGGGAAGAAACUAGAGCGUCAUACUGUGUCAGCAGCUCCUAUAGCGUUUUUGUACAAACUAUGCUGUCAGGACUGUAAUAUGAUCUUUGAGACGACAGCUCAGUAUUUCAAACACAUCUCACAGGGAGAACACAAAGAGAUGUUGGAGAAAAUAUUUGCCAAAGCUGAAAGACCUGAUGGUUGGGACCAACCAGUUCGGACACCCAGUCUGGGCUUAUACAAGUACCUCAAAGAGAGCUUUUAUCAAAAUCAGCCAGCUAUUGUAGGUGUACCCCUGGUUGUGACGUGUGUCAGCACUCAGGUUCAGGUGGAACCUAUUUACAUGUGCUUUGCUUGUCAGGACUGUUUCUGUGAGCCCAUCCUCAAACAACACUUCAACUCUCCAAAGCAUCUCAUACGCACGCUGCUGUACCAGAAUCCCUGGCGGCUCCCUUUUGCCUGGGAGAGUCUCGAUUUAAAAGUCUUAAAGUCAGUGGCGUGGGAAGAGGAGAAGGAAAGAGGACCAAAUCAGAUGAUGCUGAAGGUACUUGAUAUCCCAUAUUGGAUGUUUUGGAGCCUCAUCCCUAGUUACCCAAAAGUGAUGGCGAGCCUUGAACUACACCACACUUUCCUGAAGCGUGAAGUUCCACGGUGUGAAACAUACAGCAAACUCAAAGAAAAUGAGAGAUUUCCUCUGCUGGGUCAACAGUUCCUGGUCAUGUAUGACAUGGUCAAACAGCAUCAGUCCCCAGGAGUGGGAUUUCUGUGUUUGCUCUGUAAGAGGAGGUUGUCGGAUGAGGAAUGCUACGCUCAUGUGUUCAGUCGGGAACAUGUUGCAACAUUUCUGGACCAUUUCCACCCAGGCUCGCUGAAAUCAAGCAACGAUGUAGAGACCUUAUUGGACUUGGCCAAACAGGCGGAAUGUAUUCACUCCAUAUCACAUGUGCAGGUAAUAAAGUUGGACAAACCCAUCUGGGAGCCAUGUGCCUACCACAAAGCCAUAUACAUUCUGGCAUCUGCAAAGAGGAGAGAAGGGAAAGGAAAGCUUGAACCCCCAAUAACGCCUAAAAUGAAGCUGGUCCCCAGAGAAACUUUGAAAGACUUGGACAAGGACACUAAGGAAAUCAUUAGGAUGCAGAGGUCUGAGAAAAAGUCUGGACAAAACUCUGGUGAGAUGAUGCUGAAAAACAUUUCAGUAGAAGUUGAGGCUGAAAUCGCCAAUACACAGUGUGUAAAGAGUGCAGAAAAUGGAGAAAGCAGAGCAGACAAAGAGAUGCCUACACCAAAUCAAAAAGACUCAGAGCUGAGAAAAGAGAUUAGUAGUUCAGAGGAGAUAAAGAAUGCAGGUAGUGAGACAGGCCAGAGGAUAAAGGAGAAGAAGAUUGAAGAGCCUUUAAUGAGAACACCAAGUGGGGAGACCCUAGAAAGCUGCAAGAUCGCAGACAAAGCUGAUGGAACAGAGAUUGGAGAAGAAAGGAGCAAAAGUAGCAAAGAUGUCCUCACACAGUUGAAGAAUAACGCAUGCAAAGAAAAUGAAAAUAAGCGUUCAAGCAGCACGUGUGAAAAAUCACAGGACGACACAUGUCCUAAUGAGGAAGCAGAGAAAGAAAUGUGCCAUAAAAGGCAGCGACUCACCUUCAAACAAGAAGCAUCUUGUGAAGAACCCCAAAACCUGCCAAGCAGCAGACAAACGGAGGGAGCAGACAAAGAGACUCCUACUCCAAGUCCAAAAGAAUCAGAGAGGGGAAGAGAGGUGUUUCCAAAAACUAGUUCAGAGGAGAUAAAGAACGCAGAUAGUGAGACAUGCCAGAGGAUAAAGGAGGAGAAGAUUGAAGAGCUUAUAGUGAGAACACCAAGUGGGGAGUCCCUAAAAAGCUGCAAACACACAGACAAAGCUGAUGGAACAGAGAUUGGAGAAGAAAGGAGCAAAAGUAGCAAAGGUGUCCUGACAAACAAAGAAAAUGAAAGAAAGCGCCCAAGCAGCACGUGUGAAAAAUCAGAGGACACAUUUCCUAAUGAGGAAGCAGAGAAAGAAAUGUGCCAUAAAAGACAGCGACUCACCUUCAAACAAGCAUCUUGUGAAGAACCCCAAAACCUGCCAAGCAGCGGACAAACGGAGGCGACCACCGCAGACGAGGGAGAAAGUGGCAAAUUAAGUCACAAGACUGCAAAGGAUAACGGCCUGAAUGCACUUCUUGAAUGCUAUCGUGAUCAGCGUGGUCCCAUCUACUUCUGUGAGUGCUGCUCUCUGAAGAUCCCAGAGAAGGACUUCAUCAGCCAUGUUACUGGAGCUGACCACCAGAAGAUGUACCUAGUGGGGUUACAGAAACUCCCACCUCGACCAGGGAAGCACUUGGAGCAGAACAUCAGACAUUUGGCUGCUUUGUCUGAAAAAGCUAAUGGAUAUGGAGAAGCUCAGGUUGUUGAUCUGGAUGAACGGAUUUACAAUGACAUCUCUAAACAAAACUCAGCCAUACAGACAGUGAAGACACUUCUGGCUCAGCAGGACAGUUGUCAUGAACUCCCUUCGACCUCUGCACUGUCUGCUCUUCAACCUGUGGACACCUCGGUCACCCAUCAUGCUCAAUACAAGGUGGUGGACAUGGAGCUUGAUGAUUCAGACUCGGAGCCAUUUUCCGUAACUACAACCGUGACUGAAAUGUCUGAAUAUGCCUGCAAAACAACAGAAGUCCCCCCUGAAUCAAAUGAAGAUGCCAAAAUGAUAAAAGUGUCGGAGUCAGCUGCCAACGCUUACACCUGCCCGACUGUUUCGACAAGUAGUGAAGACCCAUCAAGUCUACACUUGUGCACAAGGGGGACAAACACAACCGAUCUGCAUCCUGAUUCCAGAAAUGACUCCAAAGCUGAAAUCAUUUUAAAGUCAACUGUGGGACCAUUAAAAACAACAUCCACUUCCAAAAUAGUGGGGGCAUCCCAAUAUGCAGCAACUUUAGACUCUACUGUAACCACCUCCACCAAGUUCAUGACUGGGAUCUCCAAAUGUUCAGCCAAGUCUUCCAAUUAUACUUCAGUAACCACCGAAUCGACAGCAUCCAUCUCCAGAGCCACUUCAUCUAGCUGUACUACAACUACCCCCACCACCUCCAAAAUGAGAGAAACUACCUACAAAUGUGUAGCAACUGCAUCCAGCGCCACUGCAACCUCCACCAAACCGACUGCAGCCAACCCCUGUUCCAGUACAACCACCAAAAUUGAAACUGCAUCCAAAACUUCGACUGCAUCUCAAACUACGGUGACAUCUGUGGCUCCUAAAACGAUUAAAACGUCAGUCAAAUGUGAGAAUACUGCCAAGACUGUACUUAUGAAGCACUCAGUGGGGCCAAAUACUGAUGCUGCACCAAGUGUUCCUAAGAGUAACGCGCCUGCAGCUCCGCACUUGACCGUGUUCUUGUCUGAAAACAAGAAUCCACCAACAGAGCCAUCACAUAACUCUGCAUGUAAGACAAAGCCAAGUGAAGGCCCUCCUAAAGUUGGCUUAAACCAGUUGAUUAAAGUAUCGUGUGAAGGAAGGCGGCAAGUCUACUGUCAGCUGUGUUCAGUCAGGUUGAGACAGUCCAGUCACCCUUUCAGCCCAACGCACCAGUAUAACUACGUGAAAAUGAAGUUCCCUGCGUGGACUGUCAAGCCGUCUGAGAGCAAAUUGGACAAGAUAGUGGCCCACUUGGCUGAGGCUGAGAAAGACACAGGAUCCCGAUCCAUCCAGAGAAUGGAAGUGAAGAUUGAUGUGUACAAAGAGCUGGCUGCUCUUCCAGAAGACAAAGCUCUAGAAAGACUUACAACAAUGCUGAAACAGAGAGUUCUCAACGGAGAGGUCUCAUCUUCCACAGCCGACACUGCAGAGGAGAGACCUGCCCUCACUAGUCCAUGUGAAGCUUCAAGCCCAGAACAUGCUGUCAGGAUGGAGCCACCUCAGGGUUGUGCAGAUCCUCUUGCCACUGACUCAGAAUCACACAGAGGCAGCUUUGUCCAAACCCCACUUAUACACCAAAAGACGGCUGAGAAGAGACACAUGCAGGAGAGAAGUGGCCCAAAGUUACAGGAGACACAGAAGGUGCUGGAAGGCACUCAGAGAACAUCACCUGUAAAAUUCUUCAACCGAGACCCGCGCACUGCUGCUGCUUCACUGAAUACCAAACAGCAGAACCAACCAAGACAUAGCGAGAAGGCAGAACCUGUACCAAAGCCCUUAAGAUGUGCUCCAGGACGCAAGCACCACAGUGCAUCACAGGAAGUCCCAACGAUAGGGGAAAGAACUCAGGGCUGCAGUCACUUGUCCUCAUACUUGAAGGUGAAGGGAUUAAAUUGUAAAACAGUCGGUCUUGGCUUUGUGUGGGAGUGUCGAGGGAAGCCACCACAGAAACCAUUCUUCUUGUGUGAGAGCUGCAGAGAGACAAUCGCCUUGAGUGACAUCUGUCAACACAUGGUCAGCAAUGAGCACCAGCGCAAAUACAUGCUGAUGCAGCACCCUCAAUAUAUGUGGUUCUGGGAUGAGAAGGAUCUGCUCCCACAGAUGAAACUGGAGAUUUUAAAUGAUGUUGUCCAGCUGCUCUCAGAGCAGGAGAGUAACAACAAAAUAGAUGCGCAGGUUGUACUGCUGAGACCGCACAUGCAUAAAUAUGUUGAGAGAGCUCCGUUCAGUGAAGCUUCACAAUUAGUGCAAGACAUCAAGAAAGAACCAAAACGGAGCGUCCUCUGUCCACCUGUCAGCGCUGAACAACAAACAGACCGGCAGCCUGAGGACCAGCAGAGUCGAGAGGAAUCUCUUCGACCAGAGAAUCAGUCAACACAGGCACUUAGGACAGACCAGAGAAUUGACAAUGAAGCAAGAAAAAAUACAGAAAAACAUCAUUUGGAAGAGACUGCAGUGGUUGGAGAUUUGGAUGGGGUCAAACAAAGAAGAGUCUUGAGUGCUCUGGAUGUGACCAGUGCUUCCUCAAAGGAUGAUAACAGAAUAUGUUCGCCCCAUCUUGCUGGCACAUGUCACAGUCCACAAGAGACCUGCAGGAGCCUUUCUAUGCAACCUGAGCUCAGACCACCGGCCUCUCAGAACCAGAGAUCUAUCCCUGAGUUGCAAGUGAAACAGGGAGAGGUGCACUCAGAAUCCCCAUCUUCCUCUGUUGUUAGUCCUGAAACCAGUCAAACCCUGUCUCUGUCUCCGAGAAACAACUGCCCUCCGACCAGGAAAAGGCCAGCUGUUGAAUCUCUGGAAACAUUGGUUAGACCUUGCACCAGUAACCCCCAACCCGAUGAGCCUUUGCCAGCCAAGUGCACAUGCUUCUCAGAGAAGUAUAUCAGUCAGCCCAGCACUGAAUCAACCUCAGAGUCCACUCCUGUUAACCCUGCUGCAACCUCCACCCUCCUGGCUCCCAAGGACACAGGACCUGGAACUGAUGAACAAGACCCAUCCAUUGUCAACCAGAAAAAGUUGGAGCAUCUAAUGGCUCUGCUGAGAGAGAUGAAGUCUGACAUAAACAUAUCAGCUCCAGAUGAUGCUGAGGCAACAACCUCCUGUGCAGACGGUAGAUCUGAAACGGCAAAAAAACAAACAAGAUGGGAUUCGAAGUGGCAGCAGGUUAAAGCUACACCGAAAAAUAACUCCCCCUCCACCGACUCAUUGGAGGGGAUGUUUUCAACAACAGCAGCUCCUGAGAACCAACUCACCACCACUCAUGUGAACCCUGCUUUCUCUGCCGCCAGCUCAUCUAUUGAGGGCUAUUUAGCGAGGGACAACCAAGCUGAGGCAGUCAAUGUGUCUUCCGCCAGCACUGCUGACCCCAAUGAUCCACAACAACAGAGAAGUGUUCAGAGCAUGUUUGUAAAUGUGAGCCAGUUCAUUCCUACUUCCUUUCACUGUGUAGCCAACAACCACAAUUCAGGUCAGAUACCACAAGGUAACACAGACACAGACAGCCCUGGGGGUGGUCAGUUGCCCAUUGACUCCAUCAUAACCGCCAGGCCAGAGCUCCCUAACCAGCAGUUUAUGGGUGGCUAUAAUGCACAGGACCACACGGAGGUGAACAGAGGCCAUCAGGUCACGCACAGUUUGCCCACAGUUGCAACAGCAAGUCCCAGUGACAGUCUGGCUGCUCUCGGGGGGUAUGGUCAGUACAGCCAAAUGGCUUAUGUCACAAAUGGAGACGUUCCAGGUUAUCUUUCUUCUGAGGCUGUUGGAUACACAACUCAAGACAACCUUUCUGAAAGGUACACAAAAAGGGUUUUCUACACCAGCCAGAUUUACCCAGAACAAGUAAACCGCUUUGGACACUUAGCAACUCCAAUGCCACCAGGAUGGCUGGAAAUCCAACAGCAGCAGCAGCUAAUGCAGCGGCAACUAAUGCAGCAGCAACUAAUGCAGCAGCAGUACUCCGCAUGGACAAGAUGAACUGCGUUGGCUGCUAGAGGUGGAAAAUUGACCAAUGAGGCUGCUAACUUAGGCGCUGUUCCAUUCACCCCUCCAGCCAACAGUUCACAAACGUUUAGUUACAUGAACGACUACAGAAUCAACAUAGAACAGCACUGACGUAACACACAACGGUCCCCUAGUUUACCUCAACCCUCCAGUCGUUCACUAUCCUCCUACAGCCAACAGUGAAAUCCCACCCCAGACACCCGCAAACGUUCUUUUUUCCUCUGACAGCGGGUUAUAAACCAUGCCGGUAUUCAUGUAAAUGAUGUAAUUGUGUAUUUUUGUGUGGAAAUAUUAAGGCACUCCUGCCUCUGAGCAUUUUAUUUGGAUGGUAAAAGAGAAUACACAUUUUCAUCAUCCCAUUAUACCUUAUUGGCCUCAUUAGGGUGUAACCUCCACACACCAAAAAUUGGAGACGAGAAGUUUUCUUUUUUCUUUUUGUCCCAACAAUGUUUUUCCCACUUCAUUUCAAUUUGUGUUUUAUUUUUGCAUCUUGAAAACAAUUGUUUGACUUACUUGCCACAGAUAGUUCUGUGAAAUGAACAGUUGUCAUUUCACGCUUGUCAAGGCAAAACAGCUUUGUUGUUCUUGUUCGAAUGAUUGUUAUUCUGUAGUUAUCUGUUCUUUUCAGGGUUUAAAGGUGCAGUAUGUAACAUUUAUAAGGAUCUUGGCUAAUUGUGCCCAUCAAAUGGCUCAUUCUAAGGUGAUUAAAAAACACAAACAUUCUUAUUUUCAGGUCAUAAAUAUAUACUAUUCCACUUCUGCCAAUAGAUCCUUUUUAGUGUUACAAACUGGACCGCUUAAAUAUAAAGAAUGUGUUUGUAAACCUUUUGAAAAACAACAUAUUAAGCUAUUGCACGUUCAGUUUUUAACAUUUCUAAUGUAAUAUUGUAAGCAGUCAUCUACUGUUAUUUUUGAAGUAGUUUUAUAUUCAUAUUUUGUUCGUUUUAAUAAGAUUUCUGUAAAAUGGAGAUGCUCUGUUAAAUGUGAGAUGUAUUUGUAUAUUUUUUUAAAAAAACGUUCUUUUAUUUUAUGUUUCAUUUACUUUUUUGUUUCUUGGACAUUCUUGACAGAAUUAUUUCAUGUUCUUCCAAAAUAAAACAACACAUUUCUUACUCCAUGUAAAAUCCACCAGUGGACAACACCUAAACCUAACAUCUCUGACUUUGCUCUGGUGGGGAAAAAAACAGCAAAAGGUGUGUUCUUGGAUGCCCGUAAAACAUAUUGUGGCCCAAUGUGCAUGCCAAUGUUAUACAGUGCACUAAUGCCCUAGAUGCUAGAAUGGGGUUUAGGACUAUCUCACCAUGAAUGCAUCAUGACUUUCUGCGUGCUGGUGACCCACGGCUUGCAGCUGGUGCCCUUUUUAUUUAUUCCGUCCCUGCCCCUUUCCUAUAGUGGAAUGAUGCGUAACUUCACAGUUCCUCAUUUGGAUGGAACUUGAAAGUAUCUGCUCUGGUUUAAAAUGAAACCAGAGACAAAAUUGACUGAGAUACCAUCUUUCUUUCUCCCAUACUGACUUUUAUACUUAUGAUAGUGUAUAAAUAUGUGUGUCUUUAUUCUGAAAGAAAACUUUUGCUGGAACAUAAACUAAAGUUUCAUAAGAAAAUAGAGGAGUGCGCAAGGAGAUAAUCAAACAUACAUCAGUACUUCUCUGACCAAUAAUCUGAAGGCAGAUCAUUUAUAUCCUUUGCCCAACACACAAGUGUCUCUAAGUGUAUUUACACAGGUUAAAAACACACCUGGGCUCUCCUCACAAUAGAACAGGUUUCACUCACAGGGGCCAGACUGGUUGAUCAUUGUAAAAUAGUUUGUCUCAAUAUGGAGUUCACUGUCAGUUAGAAAAGCAGUGACUUAAUCAGGAAACAGGAAAGACAAUAUAAAAGAAAAAAAUAGGUAGCACAUUUUCUUCUCCAAUAUAUAUAUACAGGUAUAACAAAAGACAAACGUGAUAAAUACUAUCACAAUCAUCUACACUUCAAAAUUAUUCAAUUUAAUGUCAUUUAAGAUGAGGAAAUCCUGUGAAUUUUCAUAUUUUUGCAUAAAAAAUUACUUAAAACGAUUAUUCCGCCAUCAAAAAAGUGACUGAUUCAUUUUUGAUUUUUGACAAGUAGAGUAGAAGUACAAAUUAGCAUUAAAUAGGACAACCCAUGAAUAGUAUAGAUACCUAAACGUAAGUUUAACUCCACCACUAUAAAUAUGUGAUUAACAGGCUACAACGAAAUGUAUAUAAUACUAUAAUAAUAAUAAUAUAAUAAUAAUAAAAGUGGUGUAUUCAUCCUUCACCUGUGGUUGUAGAGGCAAAGUUCUAUGGAUGUGUAUGAAUAAUUCUUUUCACGUGGAAGUUGGAUGUCUGGUGAUGUUUGAAGAUAUGAACAAUGGGCUUUCUUCUUUGUCUUUGAGAGAGAUUCCCACAGUUCCUGAGAGCAGUGUAAAAGUAAUGAGGGAGUGGAGGAAGGGAGGAGAGCAGUUCUGGGUCAUGAUUAUCAAAUUGUGACUAACCUCCUCCACAAGGGAGGUAUUUGCUUUGAGUUUUAAGGUUGUGGAUGAAAUCCUAUCAAGGUCACAUAGAAAUCCACAGCUUUUAUAUCUGAGGGAAAUUCUUCUUCAUGGGGGAGCACAGUUUUUAUUCAGAGAGAUAAGCACGUUUAAUGACAGACAGGUGUUUCACAGAAAACAACUCAUGAAACAUAGGACCUGGGAAGCAAUCUCUCUCUCUCUCCAGUGUUAGGAUUCUGUUCAAAUAAAUACUUCACAUGAGAUGAAACAUACACACAGUUCAGUCAGAGAGUCUGGUGGCUUUUCUAAUAACUACUUUAAGUGCUGUAUGAAAUCUAUUUCAGCCUUAUAACUCUGACAAACAUGCAGAGCAUUUUGUAUAACUUGCUGUGGUAUGUUGUUAAUGCGCUUCGUGUGAUAUAAUGCAUUGAAACAUAAUCUAAGAGUGAGGUUUUAAUAACAUAAGUAAUUGAUUCAUGCUACAGCAGCUCAAAAUACACCACAACACAAUAGAUAAUGAAAGUACACAUUAAAUAAAAAUAAAAUACAGUGACUGAUGACUGAGAGUAUAAGUCUGGAUAAAUAUGUUUCUUCAGUGUCUGUGGUAUAACACCAAAUUACUGUCAGCAGGACGUAAAAGCCUGGAGGAGGAGAGCGAGCAGAAAUAUGCGGGAGGAAUGUUUUAGACAAAAGCAUCAACUGUGUUUACUGCAUCAUAACCUAUAGGACAUACUAACCAGAGCCUGUUGCUCCGUUAGAUUUAGUGAUUUAGUUGUCUCAUCUGUAUGAAUACGGGUCGACUCUUGUUGGUGAGCAGUGAAGAAUUCUGAUGAACUAGAGACAAAUGUUGUGUAUUUCAUUGCCAUCAGCAAAAGCAUCAGGUUUUCUUUUUUAAAGAUAUUUUUGGGGUGUUAAUGUCUUUAUUUAAUAGGAGACGUAGACAAGAAAGCAAUCAGUUGGAAUCAAAUUCCCACCGCUGUGAUCAGGAGUCAGCCUACAUCUCUAGGUGAGCUACGCUUUGUGAUUGCCCCAACACACCAUUUAUCACAGUGUUUGUAACCUUGAGCUAAUGCAAUUGUGUCUGUCUGUCAUCAGGAUUUUAUGUUCUGACUUCAGCUGGGAAAACAAGGCAUAAAACAGCAUAAAGAAAGCCAAAUCUUAGAGCUCCUAAAACCUUAUUUAAUCAAUGUAACACCAAGCACACUGAAUGUUUCCUGAACCUCACAAAGCUGCAAGAAAUAUUUGAACCUCAAUUAAGUUUUUAAAUAGUUCAUAUUUAUAACCUUUCCUCAUCUUGUUCUUACAAAACCCAAGUCUGUAAGUGUGACAGAUUAUCUCUGUGCUAAUGCUACACAGUGCACUGGUAUGUGUUAUGUAGUAUCUGAAGGCUUAUUUGAAGGCUUAUAAAGUUAAAUUACAUUUUGGUAUAAGUUCAAAUGAUAUUUUGUUAACAUAUGUAGUGUUAGAAGUUCAUGGGGUUCAAUGACAUCAUUCUUACUAUGAAAUGUUUAGGUUAGGGGCCUCGCAAUGGCCUCUGACCUCUACCCUGAAAACCCCCAUCUCCCCUUAUUACCUUACAUAUUUGGAUUGGAUCCAGAUGUUUCUUUUUAUCUUUGGAGAAAACAACAGGCCUAUAUAAACCUAUUUUCGAUGCAAAAUAGACAGAGUUAUUCAUUUGGCUGGAUGCUCUCCAAGCUCCGCGGUGCUUGUAUUGAUGCUGAACUUUUUGUAAUAAACCUUUAAAUACAAUCAA